AAGUUUUACAUUUGUGAUUUGAAUUUUGAUCAGUUUAUUUCUAGAGUCUAGACUCUAGAGUCAACGCUAUAUACUUGAUAAUUUAUAUGUGGGUUUAACUCUUUAGAGCUGGAGUCUGCAGCAACAAAAUAUAUGUACUUGCAUCAUUUAAGUUAUCUAACCUUAUUUCAUAAUGUCUAACAAAAAGUAUGGCCUAAUUAUCCCUGAAAAAUCACAUCUUCCAACAUUCCAGGCAUCACGUAAUGUUUUUGGGAAUGAUUCUGACUCGGAAGAUGAAUUCAAGAAAAAACAUGUUCUAUUGAAAUCAAGUGAUGCUGCUAAAAGACAGAGCAAAAUUGUACAAGAAAAGGCUAUACUAGAAGAUCCAACUGUUUACCAAUAUGACGAGAUUUAUGAUUCUAUGGUUAUACAAAAGGAAAAUAAAGUAAUUAAGAGUAAAGAGAAUAAAAAUCCUAAAUAUAUAGAAAACCUGUUAAAAACUGCAAAUAAAAGGAAAAUAGAAAAUGAGCGGAGGAUUGAGAGACAAAUUCAAAAAGAGAGAGAACAGGAAGGUGAAGAAUUUGCUGAUAAAGAAGUUUUUGUCACAUCAGCAUAUAAAAAAAAACUAGAAGAACUGCGAUUAGAAGAAGAAAAAGAAAAACGGGACGAAUAUUUAGAAAAAAUUGGAGAUGUUACACAACAACAAGAUUUGGGUGGAUUUUAUCGACAUCUUUACGAGCAAAAGUUAGGUUUUGAUAGACCUCAAGAUGAUAGUAAAGAAAAGCCUGAAGAAAAACAGUCGGAAUUUUAUAUAGAUAAAUUUCAAGAAAAUAAAUCUGAUAGCUCACCAGUUUCUAAGAAGAGGAACUAUAGAAGACAAAGGAAAUCAUCAAAUGAUGCUAAUAUAUCAGAGGGUGAGAUAGAAGAUUCUGACGAUGAAAUAAAUCAGAAAAAACUUAAACAGACAGAAGUGAAUAUUGAUGCAGAUUCAGACUUCUCAAUUGACGAAUCUAGUGAUGAUGAACAAAAGCCAAAGACUCCUAGUUCAAAAACAACUGACAAUGAAUUAAAAAAACCUGAUGAUAUUGAAGUUAGAGGUGGAGAAGCUGAAAACAAAGUUGAACCAAAACUUGAAGUAGAAAUUAAAUCUAAACUUGAUAUUUGGAAGAAAAGAACUGUUGGAGAAGUAUUUGAUCAGGCUUUAAAAAGGUAUUAUGAGAGGAAAGCAGCUAGAGGAAGCUAAGAAAUGGUUCAAGAAAAGCUAUUAGAAUUUUAUUUAAGAAUAUAAUAAUAAUUGUAAAACUAAGUAAAAUAUUUUAUAAGUAUUAUAGCUAACAACAUUAAAUUAGUUUCCUUUAUUUAUGUUUCAAUACUGCUACUUAGUAAUGUGCCUUGCAGUGAACUGAAACAACAAAAAAAUAUGGUAUUUAAUGGUUUUUAAUAUUUUAUGCCAUUAAUAUGACAAAAGAAUACUAACCAAUAAAUUCUGAAACAGGAUCAUUUUCACCUUCAGCCCUCAUAGUACCUGUAAUUUCUUCAUUUUCUACCAUAGGUAAUACCAAUUGUACAAAUUCAGGAGUAAAUGGAGGAGCUAUUGCAUCCAAUACCUGCAAAAAAUUAUAUUUCCUUAAUCAUAAAACACAAGAAGGAAUUAAGAUUUUGUUCAAUUAAAUUUCUUGCACUUCCAUUGUAAAAUUUGAAAAAAAUAAAUGUGAGUUACAUUAUUAA